AUGUUGGAGAACUUUUUACGCCCGAAAAUCGAAGAGAACGAAAAUAAUGAUGUCUUCUGGUUUCAACAGGACGGGGCCACAGCUCAUACAGCCCGUUGUUCUCGUGCUGUAUUGCAAAAAAUGUUUCCUGGUCGCUUGAUCUCCUUAAGGGAAAACAUUACAUGGCCUCCUCGCUCCCCUGAUUUGAGCCUAUGUGAUUAUUUCUUAUGGGGAUACCUCAAAGCUGAAGUUUUCAAACAUCGACCAAGAACCAUUGAAGAACUAAAAGAGGCCAUCCGUCAAGAAAUCUCCGCGAUUCCACUCGAUAUGCUGGCGAAAGUGAUGGAAAACUUUCGAGAACGGCUCCAUAUGUGCGUUGCUCGUCAAGGCAAUCAUUUAGACGAUAUAAUUUUUAAAAAAUAA